GAAGACAGUGCUGAUGAUGAUGAUGAUGAAGAGGAGGAGGAGGAGGAGGAGGAGGAGGAGGGAGCAGCUGCAGACAGAGGUGAUGAAGAUGAGGAGAAGGAGGACACAGCUGCAGACAGAGGAGAUGAAGAUGGUGGGAUGAAGAAGCCCAAACAGAAAGUCUGUCAGUUGCUUCCAGGAAUCAUCUACGUGGGUCACAUUCCUCCGAGGCUCCGCCCCAAACACCUGAGGAACAUGCUGUCCGUGUAUGGAGAGAUCGGAAGAGUAUUUCUGCAACCUGAAGAUAGUCAGGUGAGGAAGAGGAAGAAGAAGUCUGGUUUGAGGAGGUGUGACUUCACUGAAGGAUGGGUGGAGUUCCGAGAUAAACGAGUGGCAAAGAAAGUGGCGGCGUCUCUCCACAACACACAAAUGGGAACCAGGAAACGCCAAAGCUUCUCCUCUGACCUCUGGUGCAUCAAGUACCUGCACAGGUUCCAGUGGACUCACCUGAGCGAGCGGCUGGCCUAUGAGCAGACGGUUCAGCAGCAGAGACUCAGGACUGAAGUUUCUCAGGCGAAGAGAGAAACAAACUUUUACCUGAACAAUGUGGAGAGAAGUUCUCACAUGGACGACACAAAGAGGAAGAGGCGGAGAGACGGACAACAGGUGGACGAGAAAACAUGGGACUUCACUCAGCGUCAGACGGAGGACGAGAUCCAGAUGAAGAAGAAGAAGAAGAGAGACGUUACCCAGAAGCAUCUCGACAAGGCCCGUCUCAUACAGCAGAAGAGCCAAUCAAACGUCUCCCUCCUGACCAAGAUUUUCAACUCCAACCAGUCAGCGUGAUGGUAGAGAGGCAGCUGAUUGGCUGUUUGACAGGACUGUUUCUGUAGAAACAGUUGGCAGAUGAACUGGUAUUGACAUACCCACCUUCGCCAGCCAAUCGCAGGUCAGUCUGAGCUGUGGGGUGGAGCCAUGAAGCAGCCAGCUGAUCUGAUUGAUUGAUUGAUUGAUUGAUUGCAAAUCCUUUAUGAAGAUGACAUUUUAUCUCAAACUAAACUUUAUAGAAAGUUCUUGCAUUCAUUCAUUGAAAUAGAUACAGAGUUAUCCCAACACACCACCACCCAGAAUUCUGUAAUAAACUGGAGCUCGUUAACUCUUCUUUCUUUUACGAGCUCAUUAGAACUUGUGUUUUUCAGUUUAACUAUUAUCUUUGUAAUAAAAAUUACAUAAAUUACUGACCAUGGGUUCAUAUUUAAAUAAAGGUUAAUGGGUUCAUAUGUAAAUAGAAGUUAAUGAGUAAAGGGGUUCAAGUAAAUUGGUUCAUUUUCACUAGAUCACUAUUGAAGGGAACUGUUUUAUUGAAGACCAACGGAAACCACGGGGACGUUCCUCUUUUUUUAAUGUUACGUCAUGUUCUGAGCAAGUGGCAACCCACCUCUUCCUGAUUUUAUGACAUUCUAUAACUAAAGAAAAAGUAUGUAAAAGAAGUAGUGGAUGAAAAAUUUGCGUGGAAAUACCAUAUUGAGUUUGUUGGUAUUUUGAGUAGAGUAAAUCAUUGCUGCAGUUUAACUUUUUAUUAUACUUUAAUUUAUCCUUAUAUUAUGUGCUGUAACACUUUGUGGGCUGCCACUGGUCCCACUUUUGUCAAUAAGUUUUUUGCACACCCCCUUCAUCUACUCCUCUUUUCAGAAAAUACGAACUUCUAUCAAUUUUUUGUGAAUAUUUACCAGACUUGUGUGAUUUAAAUAUAUAGACCUAACUCAAGACUUGCCUAGAGCUUUCAAUCAUAUAAUACAAGAUACUCAUCCAUAUUUUGUCGGACUUCCCUAAAUAAGUACACUUGAAAUCACUACAAUCAACAUCUACAUUAUCAUCAUUCAAAAUAACAUCUGAAAAAAUCUCUAAUUAACAACGUUUUCUGACAUUUCUUUGAUCUCAUUUGCUGCAUUUUCACUGCAGGACCUUUUUUCAGGUACUAGGAACCUUUGCCAGAACCAUGUACAGGGACCAGGGUCUAAAUUAAGUUCUGGGGAGAACUUUUUGCCCCCAAAAAUCCCCAGCUCAAGGGGUGGUACUUUAUAAAAGUACAGGAACCUUUGGGAAGGGGCAUGCAACACUGAAUUGCCUGAUUGGUCGAGUUCUCAAGAGUUUUAAUUUCAGUCACACAAUCUCUACAAUAGCUGGUAAAAUGUUUCCUUACCUCAAGUUUAGCAAUUCAGGUUUUUGGAGUUUGCUUUGUCACUCGUAAUUGUCUCUCUUCUGAUCAACAGUGGCAUGAUUUGAAUCUGAUCUGAUUAAUACAUAACAUACAUUCAU